AUGACUAAACAAAACCUCUUCACAUUUCUCUUUCUGUUCUUCAUCCUCCGUACCGUUGGUGGCUUCGAAUACCAAGACGAUGAGCUCGAGAGUGAGGAAAGCUUACUUAAGCUAUACGAUAGGUGGAGGAGCCACUAUCAUGCACCUUUCAACGUAACGACUCAAGGAGUUGACAGAUACGAGGUCUUCCGAAGCAAUGCAAAUUACAUCAUGAAGAUUAACAAAAUGAAGCUCCCUUACAAGCUCAAACUAAACCACUUUGCCAACUUAACACAGAUCGAGGUUGUUGAUAUGUAUUCAGGCAUAUCUGCUGAAGAGGAAACGACAACGAUCAUCGAAAAUACUGAUGUGGAUCCUCCGGAUUCGAUGGACUGGAGAGAAAGAGGGGCUGUAACCGACGUCAAAAACCAAAAAAAAUGCAACAGUUGUUGGGCGUUUGCCACGGUGGCAACUGUUGAAGGGUUAAACUUCAUCACGACAAAACGCUUGCUAUCUCUGUCCGAACAACAGCUGCUGGACUGCAGCUCUGAGGACAAUAAUUGUAAGGGAGGAACGCGGGGUGUCGCUUUUCAAUUCAUUGCGGAGAAAGGAAUUACCACCGAAACCCUAUAUCCUUACAAGGAGAUUAAGGGGGACUGCUUAAAAAACAUUGAGGCGAGUGUAACCAUAGACGGGUACAGCUGGGUAGCUCAAAACAAUGAACGAGCCCUUCAAAUAGCUGUUGCACAGCAGCCAGUUACAGUUUCAAUCGAUUCUAAUAGUCCAGUUUUUACAUCCUACUCAGGGGGUAUUAUAACUAAUGGAUGCGGAACCAAAUUGUCUCACUCCAUGGCAGCGAUAGGGUAUGGUACUGAGGCGAAUGGGAGGAAAUUCUGGAUCUUAAAGAAUUCAUACGGUUCUGACUGGGGAGAGGGAGGGUACGUUCGUAUUGAGAGAGGUAUUUCGGACACGAGAGGGCGUUGUGGCAUUGCCAUGCAACCAAUAUACCCAACCUCGAUCAAGAACAUCGUCCGCGCUAAUACGUACGAAAUCUAA